CUCGAUCACGUCGCACCCAGGAGACGAGGUUUAAAAGGUAGGGUUUUGGCUCUCUUCAUCGCAUAAGCAUGGCAGAAGAGAAAGCAAGCGAGCCUACCGAGCUCAACCAGGAGCGAAUAGACUCAGCCGCAGCAGAAGACAUGGAUCUCGUGGAGGAAUCGGCCGCGAAUGGCUCCAAGCGAACGAGGGAGGAAGAGGAGGAGGAGGAGAAAGGAAACGAUGAGGUAUUGAAGAAGCAGAAGGUGGAUAAGUCAGUGGAGGAAGAGAGACUGGAGAAGGUUGAGGGAGAGGGAGAGGAAGAGGGGAAUGAAGGCGAAGAGGAAGGGGAGGAGGCGAAGCAGGAGUUGGGACCGGUGAGUUUGGGUCCGAAAACUUUUGGCUCUUCAGUGGAGAUGUUUGAUUACUUUUACAAUUUUCUCCACUUCUGGCCCCCCAAUCUCAAUGUCAACAAGUAUGAGCAGAUGGUGUUGUUGGACUUGCUUAAAAAGGGCCACACAGAGCCUGAGAAAAAGAUUGGUGUUGGGAUCCGAGCUUUCCAAGUCCGUUAUCAUCCAAUGUGGAAGAGUCGAUGCCUCUUCCUGAUUAGGGAUAAUGAUACUGUUGAUGAUUUUAGCUUCAGGAAAUGUGUAGAUAAAAUACUUCCUCUGCCAGAAGACAUGAAAAUAAAACAUGAUGGAAACAAGGGUCAUGGAGGUAAAGGAGGUGGCGGUGGUGGUGGAAGAGGUGGCCGAGGCCGAGGCCGUGGCCGUGGAAGAGGUGGUAAAUCGAGAAACUGAAGCAUUUCUUUGAUUUACCUGGGGUAAAAGGUUUGGAGGAAAAAUCUAACUUACUUGAUUUCCUUCUGUAUUUACCCAUCUUAGCCUACUAUUUUUGUCCUAAGUUUGACUCUUAAAAUUGAGUGGUUUCUGAUUAGAGUUGGAGACCCUAAUUUUGGCAAUAUCAUCUCUUUCGUGUUUUGAGUUAUGCAUUUUCCACUAUUCUUCCU